UGAUCCAAAAAAGGAGAGUUGCAGGACUGGGCAGCGGGAGGGGAAUCACCUAAUGACUAAUGAUGAUCAAGCAAUUUUCAAUUGCGGUCAUAACAAUAUCAGCAAGUAUAGAAACAAUAUCAAAAAAGGCAUUACGACGAAAUUAUAGCCGUAUUCAAGAUGUUUGACGUGGGACAGACGAUCUAAAGUCUUACAGAAUGACGAGAAGAGACAUCUCCAAGUAAAAUGUAAUUUCACUGUUUUAAUUAGUAUGGAGACAGAUAUAAAGUGGGAAGAUUUGACAAAAGUUCAAAGAAAUAUAUUGAUGUGGCCAGAUUUACUUACAUGGAAUAAGCCUGUUGAACAUGUUAUAAAAAGAAAUACUCCAGACAGUAAGCUGGGCUUGAAAACUCGUUCAUUUGAGGAUAAAUCAACAAAUACGUGGUACCACAUUGUAAGCCAUGUCGAGAAAAACAGUCCGGCUGCAAAUGCUAAUAUAACGUCUUACCAAUGGAUAACAAACUUGAGCGAUAAAGACACUCGAAAUCUUGAACAUAGUGAGUUUACUAAGAUAUUGAGCAAUAAAGAAACAAAAUUUAAAGUAUACACCAGGAAGCCAGUUGAUGCAAUGACAUGUUUUGGAUCAGAGUGGCCCGGUGAAUCAAAUAGUAAAGUAGUCACCUUCAAAAUAAAAAAGACAAAAGAAUUUAAAAAAAAACUUAAUUUGGCUCAUUUCUAUUCGAAGGAAAGGGAAUGUGAAGAGAAAGAUAGCAUUCUUAUUUGGGAAAUUGGCCAAUUUUCCUACAAAGAAAUGAAAGAGCCCUUGAAAAGAGGCGACAGACUAUUAGAGGUAGAUGGACAGGCUGUGGCGAAUAAGAAACUAAUCGAUAUUUACGAGAUAUUUCGGAAAGCUUUUCCUGGCAAAACUGAAGUAAAAAUCACCAAAAUGCGACAUUGCCCAUCAAAUGAAAUAAAGAGAGAAAACACAAUCAAUGUUUGUAUAGACAAGGAACAGUUGAACAAUCCUGAGCCAGUGAAAAAUAAUAGUGAACUUAACGGACAAGGAAACAAUGAACAAAAAUGCAAUCCCUCACCCGAGGUCUUCCCAAAUUCUGAUCAGGAAGAUGAAAAAGCGAAAAAUGUUGGAAUGAAUGAAGUUAAAAAGAUUGAGAGCAAAAAUAAUGGAGGCUACGCGAGCACUCCAAAAUCAAAACGUAAACCCACAGCAGAUAACUCCAAAAAUCUCCGUCAUAACAGUGACAAACCUCAAAAAAUGUCUGAAAAAGAAACUGAUUCUCACGCAGGUCAGAACAAUGCAGUAAAAGUAUGUGAAAGCUGCAACAACGAAGACGCACUUACGCAAGACAGAAAUUUAUGGCAAAUUGAGAAGAUUGAUCACGCUUCCAUAACAGAGAUAUGUGAUUACCUUGACGACGAAGGAUUAAAUGCAAAAGAUAUAGCGAGUGCUUUAGAUUGUUUUACACAACACGAAGUAACGACUAUGAAAAAACAUUGCCAGAGAGAUAAAACAAGCUUUGCUAGAAUAGCAAUUAAAAAAUGGGCUGCAAAAAAACCCUACAAAAAUAAUGUGGAUGCUUUAAAAAGGGUUGUAAAUGUCAUGAAAAGGAAUGACGUGAUCAAAUUAAUUGAGAAAUGGGAAGAGAAAUUAGUUUGUCAAGCAUGUGGAAGACCUUUGUAAAAUCCUUAAAAUUAAUUGACUCAUAAACUCACAAAAGUAAAUUUCAAGUUACCAUCGUUGUAAUUUUUACUUUUUAUUGACAAUAGCAAGCUUCAAAAAACUUUUUCAACAUAAUUUCAAAAUAUUUUCAACAUAUUUUCAUACUUUCUUUAUAAAAAUCGCACCAUUUAUCGAAAUUAAAUUUUAAAAAGCUGCAUUAAGCGUUUGGUUUACCAAGAAAAAGCACAAAACCAAAUAUAAAUAUCUUUUCCAAAAA